UCAGACAGCAGGAGAUUGGUGUGGCUCGGUGCGGAAGUGACGUCAUUGUCAUUUCCGGAUGGUUUCGCUGGACGGAGGCAGUGUAGUGCAGAAGUCUACAGCUGGUGAUCGAUGUUUUAUUCCUUAAACUACAACUGAGAAAAUGCAGAACAACUAUAAAGGCGACCCAAAUCAAGCAGCUCCGAAUCCAAAUGGGAAAGCAAAAUUCUCAUGCGAUGACUGCAGCUUUUCCUGUAAUUCCUUGCAAAAUUUUAGAAUACAUCUGCAAAUUGUACAUAACAAGUCAAGUGAAAGCCUUCAGGCUUUGGGCACAAUACAUAAAUCAGUUCCAGAAAAGCCAAAAUGGAGUGUGGUACUGGAAGCUCAGCCAGUUAUGUAUGUUCAAGGAAAACCGAAAGGUAGCGAAGAAGUGAAAGCCCAGCCAGCAAUUCCAAAACUAAACCAGAUGGUGCAAGCUCAGCCAGCAAUACCGAAACUAAACCAGAUGGUGCAAGCUCAGCCAGCACGUCCGAAACUAAACCAGAUGGUGCAAGCUCAGCCAGCAAUUCCGAAAUUAAACCAGAUGGUGCAAGCUCAGCCAGCAAUACCGAAACUAAACCAGAUGGUGCAAGCUCAGCCAGCAAUUCCGAAAUUAAACCAGAUGGUGCAAGCUCAGCCAGGAAAACCAAAAGGGAGCAUAGAAGUGAAAGCUCAACAAGAAAAACCGAAAUGGAGCACGGUAGUGGCAGCUCAGCCAGAAAAACUGAAAGGGAGCGUGGUGGAAACUCAGCCAGAAAAACCAAAAGAAAAAGCAGUAGUGAAACCACAGCCAGAAAAACUGAAAGGGAGACUAUUAGUGAGAGCUCUGCCAGAAAAACCAAAAGGAAAUGUGGUGGCAAAAGCACUGCCAGAAAAAAUGAAAUGGAAAGCGAUGGUGAAAGAUCAACCAGAAAAACCAAAAUGGAAACCGAUAGUGGAAUCUCAGCCAGGGACUGUGCCCGGGAACAGCGGAAGAAAUAUUGCGAAGUUAAAAGAUUAUAUAGCAAGAACAGACAGGGAGCCUCUCAUUGGUUUGGAGUAUGUCCUAGAAUAUUGUUUAAAAAAAGGAAAUGAAUCGGAAAUUAAAUAUUUUUGUCAUCUGUGUGAAUGCGACACAGAUGUUGACCCUAUGGUAGAGCAUCUGGCUGGGUUUGGACACCGAAAACUUUAUCUGGCAAAAGAAUAUCCAUAUGUUCUAAAAGCUCAGCCCAGCAGCAAAGAAGAUCAAUCUCAAUUCAUAAGAAGAAUGGCUUUGGAGAUAGAACGGGAAGAGGGAACAAAGAUGUACAUGAUUAAUUCAUCAAUAUGGACGGAAACUGUGAUGACUCUCAGAACAGCAGACAAAAAAAUGAGAAAGAAAACAAGGUGGGAUGAUAACAAGAAUGAUGAAACAAGAAUGAAGAAAGCACUAAAGUUUCUGGAAACAUUUGAGAUUGAAAGUGAAAUUGAAGCAACAACUGUAUCUAGACUCUGUGAGAAGCUGACAGCUAAUCUGAAAUUCUAUAACACCAAGACAAAGGACGAUGCACUUUUUCCAGCUAGAGUUGCCAGAGCACAGGAUGUGGCCAUGGCCUUGAUGAGGAACGUUGCAAAACAGCGUCUGCAGAAUCAAGCCCAGAAGCCAAAACCUCAAGUGUCUCCACAACUUAACACGAGACCACCACCUCUUCAAGGAAAUGCCAAUUUGACACACAACGCUGGCAUUCAAAGUGGUUUUCCUGGGGCAAAUUUUCAAAAAUUUAAUAUUAAACAAAAUAUGCCAAAGGCAACUCAGUAUCCACAGGGGCAGCAAUAUCCAUUUGGUCUCCUGAACCAGAAACAAGGAAUGCACAUGAAAGAACCCCUGCAGAAAGCUGAAAAUACUCAGCUUGGUGAUUCCUUUAUGAAGAACCUAAGCCAGGAAGAUGCUCAGUUUUUUAAGAAAUUAACGGCGUUGCUUGAUGUUCUUCCACAAAAUGCCUCAUCGUCUGACAGUUCACAAAUGAAUUCAAAAUUGCUGAUGUUAAAGUCGCUGAUUGUAGACCAAAAGAGUGCAGAACAUGAACAAGCAAACCAGAAAUUGAUGAUGCAGAUUGCCUCUAUGGUGAAGGAUACUAUAAGUGCACAGAAUGCCUCUCUAAAUCAGCAACUAAUGAUGUUAAUGAGCUCUCAGAAUAGCACGGCUAUGGCCAUGCAGACGGCCUCCCUUAGAAAUAACCUUAUGGGCCCAGAUGGCAUGAGUUCAGCUGGUUUCGUUCAAGGACUUCAGAGUUCGGGAAAUAUGCAGUCAAAUAUGAGUUCAUUGAUGCCUUUUAACCAGAAUAUUGGAAGCCAAAUGUAUGGACAGACGGGAAGAAUCGGAGUGGGGCCAGUGGAUCAGAGUGCCUAUCAAGUUCCACAGGUUGACAUGCAAAAUUUUCCUACCAGUUCGCAAAACUAUCCUAGCAUACCCCAAAAGUAUCCUGGUACAUCACACAAUCAUCCUAGCACGUCCCAGAACUAUCCUAGCACGUCCCAAAACUAUCCUAGUAAUUCCCAGAACUAUCCUAGUACAUCACAGAACUAUGACAAUUUCGCAUAUAGAAAUUCAGUGGAAGGAAAUUUUUCAGGACAAGGAGAACCAUACGUCAGUAAGCGUGAUGGCAUUGUUAGCACUCUGACUGCGGGGCAAAAUGAACGAACAACUCUCACACAUACUGAUGAACCUAGCGUGUAUGACAAAGAAUUGGAUAAAUCUUAUUAUAGCAACCCAUCAAAACAAGUUCCAGAGUCUAGAUAUAAUGACCGUAUGGAAAAGCAGGCAUCAUAUACUAGAGUUUGCCUCUCGCCAAGUUCUCCAAGAAAUCAGUAUGCUGAUUAUAUUGAAAAUCCAAGAGAAGAAAUCGGAAUACAAGACCAGAGACGACACAGCUUAAGAUCUUACAAUUCCUCUAACUGGGAUGAUCAGGAGGAGGAUAUGCGGUAUAUUAAGCGUGCUAGACUGGACUUAGACAAAAGAUCUGAUAGAUCGGAAGGUUACAGUAAUCAGUCACUUGAAUCUCUUGGCAUGAAUACAGCCAGCAUGCCGGAGGAGCUCCUAAAGAGGAUUAAAGGAAAGGAUUUGUUUACCACGUCAGCAAUUAUUAGCGAGUAUUCAGAAAGACAUUCUGGAAAAUAAGGAUAUUACAUGUGGCCGUGGACAGCUACAAGAAUAUACGCUGAUGUCCAGUAUCUCCAUGAAGGAGUCCUGAUUGUUUUAUUUCCUAAGCAAAUGAGUUUUGCCUAGUUUUAUGUAAAGAUUGUUUAUUUUGUUUAAAGUAGGUCUGUGUUCACAUUUACAUGCAGCUCGAGUUUGUAUUCGAUGGAAAAAGUCUCACUUUGCUAGACAGGAAAACAUUGCAUCUGCCUGUGUGUAGGUGUGAACACAGGAUACGUUUUUUGUUUCCUCAGUAAAUAUGUACAGGCGAUUAUUGUGCAGUUUUAGUAACAUCCUACAGUGGUUGCUGGUGUCUUGUGAAGUGUUUUGUUAAUGACUUUGCCAUUUCAAUUCAUGCAGUAGCUGGUGAUUUGUAUAGUUUCAUUAAAUUCAUAAUUUGGCCACCUGUA